AUGGGAAACUAUGCCAUUCUUAUUGGUAUUGACCAAUACACUUUUGAACCUCUCCGGGGAAGCGUCCGCGAUGUGCGCAGAUUUCAUCGCGGGCUUCAGCAGAUAGAUCCUACUAUGGAUAUACAGCUUCUUACAACGGCAACUGGGAGUGAUACACCCGUGGCGGACACUGCUAUGGCAAAAUCUCCCACAUACAACAAUGUUGUUACUGCUCUUGAGUCUGUCAUGAGAUCAGCUGGACAGGGUGACUUUGUCUAUAUUCAUUUUUCUGGCCAUGGUACCUGUCUGAAGCCCACUGCCAAGUUCUCAAACACAGCCACCGGUGACCUUGCUCUGGUGUUACUUGAAAGUGAAACAGACUUUCAAGGGAGAUGUCUGGGAGGACCGCGGCUGGCGACUAUGCUAAACACUCUCGUCCACAGCGGUGUCGUGUUGACCAUCACUCUCGAUUGUUGCUAUGCAGGAGCUGUCUACCGUCAUGAUGACGAUGAGGAUGACCUGGGAACACGCUGUUUGCCCUUCACGCCGGCUAUGUAUGCGCAAUAUUUAGAAGACAACUACGCUGCUGACGUGUAUUUGGACAAUACCAACCGUGCUGGCGAGAUGCGAAACGGUUCCUUGCGCUCGAAUUGGCUCCUUGAUCCGGCGGGAUACGUCAUAAUUUCCGCAAGUGGUAUGCUAGAGAAGGCACGUGAAAUUCAACUCAACGGCGAAAUCCACGGGUCUCUCUCUUUCUUUUUGGGCGAGGCACUCUUCCAACUCAACGGAUUAAAGCUGGAGCUGGGGCAUGUCUUCAAUCACGUUCGUGCCAGAUUCAGUGAACAUUCACUCCUUCAGAAUCCGACGUUGUAUGGCAACAGGCAUGGAAGACUACUGCAACUCAGCUCACAUACUCUGGAUAUACCGACCACAGCUAUAUCGGUUAUCGUCCGUAGAGACGGCUCGCUUGAACUCCAGGCCGGUCGUGCGCACGGUGUUGGUGAUGGCGAUACGUUCUCACUCCACAAGUUUGGCCACCAAUUGUCGCCCUCCUCUGGUACAUCAACCCAGGCAAUCGUUCGAGAGGCAAAAGCUUUAACAAGUCUACUCGACUACAUUGUUGACACUGAGUCGGCGUGCAAUGAAAGCUCCGCCAAGACAAACUUGAUUGCCAUCCCCAUCAAAACAACAGGCCUCAGCGAAUACCCCGUUCGAAUCUAUCCCAAACCAAGUAAUUCUGAGCAUAGAGUGAUAUGGCAAGAUGAGCUACAAAAUCGAUGUCUCAGUUCUGUUGAAGACCAAUCGCUCCCUACUACAUUUCAUGUUUCUUUACAAUACCAGCAGCAAAUACAAGAACAGCUACACAUCGAAUUUCUCAUUUCUACACCCAACUUCCCAGCACUCCAACCAGUUUCCGACACAAUCAUAUGUCAAGAUUACAAAUCAGGAGUUGCACAGAUCUGUGACACUCUAGUACAUAUGGCUCAAUUUAUGAUGGUCAGAGAUUUACACAACCCUCAAAUGAUCCCCGGAACUAGCCCCUUUCUGAAUCUGUUUUCGGUUUAUAUCGAAAACAACGGUCAGCAUAAACCAGGAAAUUUAAUAAGGGUACAACAUGAAAACGAGAUUCAACUUCUUUUGGGAAAUAGGACUAACCACAGUCUUUAUUUCUACGUUUUUAUUCUAACCCCAGGCUGGGGAGUGAAAAACCUAUGUGCUGGAAGAAACACUGAGGUGACUCGUUACCGCACAAAGACACUCUCGCUUAAAAUGAGUGUGCCGGUGGAGCUUCAGAAUGCACCAGUUUCGCGUUGUCAAGACAAUAUUAAAGUGUUUGUCACGAAACAAUCAACAUCGUUUGAAUCGUUACAGCUUCCUGAUUGGCACCGACUCCCUGCUACCAACGAGCCUGACAACAGCCGCUCUGGCGGAGGAGAUGCAGAAUCAAAAGACUGGGCUGCUGUUUCGUUUCCUAUUGAGACAGUCUAUGGAUCAUCCGCAUAG